AUGGUGAUGAUGAUAGAGAUGAUGAAGAUGGAGAUAGUAGAUAUGAUAGUUCUGAAGAUGUUGAUGAUAAAGAUGAUGUUAAUGUUGCUGAUGAAGAUGGCAGGGAAUGAUGAGGAAGGCUGCAAGUUUGUUGAUGAUGGUAAGGAUGAGGAAGAUGAUGUAGAAGUUGCUGACAGUGAGGGCUGUGCUGCUGGGGUUGAUGAUAAUGAGGUUGCUGGGACCGAUGAAGAUGGUGCUGAGGAUGGUGAAGAUGGUGUAGAUGAUGGUACUGAAAAUAGUGUUGAUGAUAAUGAUGACAGUAAUUUUGGUGAUGAAGAUGGUGAAGAUGAUGUUGUAGAAGAAGAAGAUGACGAAGAUAGUGGGACUGAUGAAGAUGAUGCUGAGGAUUGUGAAGAUGGUAUUGAUGUUAAUGUUGGUGAUGAAGAUGGUAAAAAUGAUGGUGGUGUAGAUGAUAGUGUUGAAGAAGAUGAUGAUGACAAUAGUGUGACUGAUGAAGAUGGUGCUGCUGCUGAUGAUGUUGAAGAUGAUGAAGAUGGUGUUGUUGAUAUUAUUGAAGAUGUUGUUGAUGAUAACAAUGUUGAUGUUGGUGUUGAAGAUGAAGAUAAUGAUGACAAUAGUGGGACUGAUGAAGAUGGUCCUGAGGAUGGUGAAUAUGAUGAGGAGGGUGUGGAAGAUUGUAUUGAAGACGAUGUUGAUGAUGAUAACGAUGUUAAUGUUGGUGAUGAAGAUGGGGAUGAUGAUGGAGGCUGUGAGUUUGCUAAUGAUGGUAAGGAUAAGGAAGAUGAUGAAGAGGUUGCUGAUAGUGAGGACUGUGCUACUGGGGUUGCUGUUGAUGUUAGUGGCACUGAUGAAUAUGGUACUAUGAAUGAUGAGGAUGGUACAGAUGAUAGUGUAGAUGGUCCUGCUGAUAGUAAAGUUGAGAAGUUUUUGAUGUUGAAGAUUGUUGAUAACAAUAUUAAUGUUGGUGAUGAAGAUGGUAAAGAUGAUGAAGAAGGUAUAGAUGUUAGUGUUGAAGAAGACGAUGAUGACAAUAGUGCGACUGAUGAAGAUGGUGCUGCUGAUGAUGGUAAAGUUGUUGAUGAAGAUAGUGGGACUGGUGAAGAUGGUGUUGAAGAUGGUGAAGAUGAUAACGAUGAUGUUAAUUUUGAUGAUGAUGAUGACGAUAGUAGGACUGUUGAAAAUGGUUCUGAGGAUGGUGAAGAUGAUGUGGAUGGUGUAGAUGGUAGCAUUAAAGAUGAUGGUGAUGUUGGUGCUGAAGAUGGUGGGGAUGAUGAUGGAGGCUGUGAGUUUGCUGAUGAUGGUAAGGAUGAGGAAGAUGAUAUAGAAGUUGCUGAUACUGAAGGCUGUGCUUGGGUUGAUGAUAAUAAUGAUGACGAUAGUGGCACUAAUGAAGAUGGUGUUAUGGAUGAUGAAGAUGAUGAAGGUGGUGGAGAUGAUAGUAUUGAUGGCGAUGAUGUGGAAGAUAGUGGGACAGGUGAAGAUGGUGCUGAGAAUGGUGAAGAUGAUAACAGUGAUGUUAAUUUUGGUGAUAAAGAUGGUGAUGAUGAUGACAGUGGGACUGUCGAAAAUUGUUCUGAGAAUGGUGUAGAUGGUAGCGUUGAAGAUGUUGAUAAUGAUGAUUUUGGUGAAGAAGGCUGUGAGUUUGUUGAUGAUGGUAAGGACAAGGAAGAUGAUGUUGAGGUUACUGAUAGUACGGGCUGUGCUGCUAGGGUUGAUGAUACUGGGAAUGAUGAAAAUGAUAGUGUUGAUGAUGAUGAUGAUGAUGAUGAUGAUGACGAUAGUGGGACUAAUGAAGAUGGUGCUAUGGAUGGUGAAGAUGAUGAAGAUGGUGGAGAUGAUAGUAUUGAAGAUGUUGAUGAUGAUGUCGUUAAUUUUGGUGAUGAAUAUGAAGAUGAUGGUGCAGAUGACGGUGUUAAAGAAGAAGUUGAUGAAGAUGACAAUAGUGGGACUGAUGAAGAUGGUCCUGAGGAUGGUGAAUAUGAUGAGGAUUGCGUGGAAGAUAGUAUCGAAGACAUUGUUGAUGAUGAUAACAAUGAUGUUCGUGAUGAAGAUGGUGUGGAUGGCGGUGAAGGCUGUGAGUUUGCUGAUGAUGGUAAGGAUGAGGAAGAAGAUGUGAAGGUUGCUGAUAGUGAGGGCUGUGCUGGUGGGGUUGAUGAUGAUGUUAUUGGGACUGAUGAAGAUGGUGCUAUGAAUGCUGAAGAUGAUGAAGAUGCUGGAGAUGAUAGUAUUGAAGAUGUUGUUGAUGAUGUUAAUGUUGGUGAUGAAGAUGGUAAAGAUGAUGGUGCAGAUAAUAGUGUUGAAGAAGAAGAUGAUGAUGACUGUAUUGUGACUGAUGAAGAUGGUGCUGCUGAUGAUGGUGAAGAUGAUGAAGAUGGUGUUGUUGAUAGUAUUGACAAUGUUGUUGAUGAUAGCAAUGUUAAUGUUGGUGAUGAAGAUGGUGGGGAUGGUGAUGAAGAUUUUGAGUUUGCUGUUGAUGGUAAGAAUGUGGAAGAUGAUGGAGAGGUUGCUGAUACUGAGGGCUGUGCUACUGGGGUUGAUGAUAGAGAUGAUGUAAAUUGUGAAACUGAUAAAGAUGGUGUUAAUAGUAUUGAAGAUGGUGAUGAUGAUGGUGAUGACAAUAGUGGGACUGAUGAAGAUGGUGCUGAAGAUGAUGAAGAUAGUGUGGAUGAUAAUACUGAAGAAGACAAUGAAGACAAUAGUGGGACUGAUGGGGAUUGUGCUGAGGAUGGUGAAGAUGAUGAAGAUGGUUUAGAUAUUGAAAAUGAUGAUGAUGAUGAUUUUAAUAUUGAUGAAGAAGAAGGUGGGAAUGGUGAUAAAGGCUGUGAGUUUGCUGAUGAUGGUAAUGAUGGUGAUGAUGUAGAGGUUGAGGAUACUGAGGCCUGUGCUGGUGGUGUUGAUGAUUGUGGGACAGAUAAAGAUGGCAGUGAGGAUGGUGAAGAUGAUGAUAGUAUUAAAGGUGAUGAUGAUGAUGAUGAGGAUGGUGUAGAUGAUCUUAUUGAAGAUGGUGUUGAUAAUGAUGUUAAUGAUGGUGAUGAAGUUGGUGUUGAUGAUAAUAGAGAUGAGGAGGACAGUGUAAAUGAUGGUAUUGAGAAUGGUGAUGAUGAUAGAGAUGAUGAAGAUGGAGAUAGUAGAUAUGAUAGUUCUGAAGAUGUUGAUGAUAAAGAUGAUGUUAAUGUUGCUGAUGAAGAUGGCAGGAAUGAUGAGGAAGGCUGCAAGUUUGUUGAUGAUGGUAAGGAUGAGGAAGAUGAUGUAGAAGUUGCUGACAGUGAGGGCUGUGCUGCUGGGGUUGAUGAUAAUGAGGUUGCUGGGACCGAUGAAGAUGGUGCUGAGGAUGGUGAAGAUGGUGUAGAUGAUGGUACUGAAAAUAGUGUUGAUGAUAAUGAUGACAGUAAUUUUGGUGAUGAAGAUGGUGAAGAUGAUGUUGUAGAAGAAGAAGAUGACGAAGAUAGUGGGACUGAUGAAGAUGAUGCUGAGGAUUGUGAAGAUGGUAUUGAUGUUAAUGUUGGUGAUGAAGAUGGUAAAAAUGAUGGUGGUGUAGAUGAUAGUGUUGAAGAAGAUGAUGAUGACAAUAGUGUGACUGAUGAAGAUGGUGCUGCUGCUGAUGAUGUUGAAGAUGAUGAAGAUGGUGUUGUUGAUAUUAUUGAAGAUGUUGUUGAUGAUAACAAUGUUGAUGUUGGUGUUGAAGAAGAAGAUAAUGAUGACAAUAGUGGGACUGAUGAAGAUGGUCCUGAGGAUGGUGAAUAUGAUGAGGAGGGUGUGGAAGAUUGUAUUGAAGACGAUGUUGAUGAUGAUAACGAUGUUAAUGUUGGUGAUGAAGAUGGGGAUGAUGAUGGAGGCUGUGAGUUUGCUAAUGAUGGUAAGGAUAAGGAAGAUGAUGAAGAGGUUGCUGAUAGUGAGGACUGUGCUACUGGGGUUGCUGUUGAUGUUAGUGGGACUGAUGAAUAUGGUACUAUGAAUGAUGAGGAUGGUGGAGAUGAUAGUAUGGUAAAGAUGAUGAAGAAUGGUGUAGAUGAUAGUGUUGAAGAAGACGAUGAUGACAAUAGUGCGACUGAUGAAGAUGGUGCUGCUGAUGAUGGUAAAGUUGUUGAUGAAGAUAGUGGGACUGGUGAAGAUGGUGUUGAAGAUGAUGAUGAUGAUGACGAUAGUAGGACUGUUGAAAAUGGUUCUGAGGAUGGUGAAGAUGAUGUGGAUGGUGUAGAUGGUAGCAUUAAAGAUGGUGAUGGUGAUGUGGGGAUGGUGGAGGCUGAGUUUGCUGAGAUGGUGGGGAUGAUGAGUUGCUGA